CGAUGUUAUUGUAAGGUGAAUGCAGGUCCAGUUCCAAGCUCCAGCAAUCAGCGCCGAGCCAAACGCGCCGCCCAUCAUGCUGCGAGGCCAACUCGACCCGCCGCCAAGCACGACCACCACGACCACGACCACUCUUGGACAAGCACAGCCCCUGCAUGACAAUGCCACGGCACGGCGACUCGAGCCCAGUCGCGCAGUCAUGCUCGUCUGCCACGGCAUGUUCUGCUGCCGCGACCAGCGACUCCUCAAGGACGUUGCUGACGCCGUUCGCAGGGCCGCCGGGUGCUGGACGCUGCGCUUUGACUUUUCGACUGGCAUGGGCGAGAGCGACGGCGAGACGCGCUUCUCCAUGCUGCGGCGCGACGUGGCCGAGAUCCGGGCUGCCAUUUCAGCGCUGUGGCGCGAGCAUCGACUCGUCACGAUUGGCCUCGUUGGCCACUCAAAGGGUGCCAACGAAGUCUUGAUGUUUGCCGCCAACGAACUGCCGGGUCUGAUUCACAACCCGACAGCAGCGGAUCUGGCGGGAUGCGUGCACACGCCCUUUUCCGUCGUCGCCAUUGCGCCCCGAUGCUGGAUGGAAGCUGCCAUGACAAGCAGAUUCACACCAGAGCAGCUGGCAGAGCUGCAAUCCACGGGUACGAUGCCAUGGCGCGUCUCGCCACUCGCACCCGAAUUCUUCCGACCGGAAGACCUCGAGCUCCGAUCAACGCGUGUCAAGGCCCGUCACACAAUCACCAUUACGCAAGAGGAGGUGGAUGAGCGGAUGGCAACGGACAUGCAGCAAGCGUGUCGCCUUCUCGGGGCGGCAUGUCGUGUUCAAUUUGUGCACGGCACAGCGGACACAGUCAUCCCGCAGGCCGACAGCCUGGAGCUCCACCGACACGCUGCAGGCUCUGAGAUGGUGUCAGUGCAGGCAGCAGAUCACAUGUUCAGCUCCGACUCUUCGAUUGAAACUGUAACUUCGGCAGUAGCGGCGUUCUGCGCGCCGUCCAAGAUGGGACUGGCGCCCUCAUCACCACUUGUUGUGAGUGGUUUGUAGUUUGGAUGCAGUCGUUUGAUCAGAUUGGUGAUAGCUUCUAUCGCUCAAUUCUUUCGAAAAAAAAUGUAAUAAUGUCAUAAUACAGGGUGUUAAUAACGACA